UACCCCAUCUGGUCCACCUGGGCCCUCUACAAGAACAACAUCGACCAGGAUAAACUCUUGCGAUUUGCUGAAAAGAUUAAGAAGUAUCGUUUUAACUGCAGCCACAUUGAAAUUGAUGACAUGUACACAAAAGCCUAUGGAGAUUUUGACUUUGACCCUGUCAAGUUCCCCAAUGUGACAGAGAUGUUUGCAAAACUGAGGGAGAAUGGAUUUAAGGUCACCCUGUGGAUUCAUCCCUUUAUACACACAGAUUCCUCCAAUUUUGGGGUCGGGAUUGAGCGCCAGCUGUUCAUCAAGGAGCCAUCAGGGCGGCUGCCUGCCAUGGUGGAGUGGUGGAAUGGCAUUGGGGCCAUCCUGGACUUCACCAACCCAACAGCCCGGGACUGGUUUCAGAGCCACCUGCGUCAGCUCCGUCACAAGUACGGCAUCUCAUCCUUCAAGUUUGAUGCAGGCGAGACCAGCUACCUGCCCAAGCAGUUCAGCACCUUCCGCCCACUCUCAGACCCCAGCAUCUGGUCACGGCGCUACACGGAGAUGGCCAUCCCUUUCUAUGAGCUGGCUGAGGUGCGGGUGGGCUACCAGUCACAGAACAUCUCCUGCUUCUUCCGCAUCAUUGACCGUGACUCUGUCUGGGGCUAUGAGCUCGGCCUCAAGUCCCUCAUCCCCACAGUGCUCACCAUCAGUAUGCUGGGGUACCCCUUCAUAUCUGCUGACAUGAUUGGGGGGAAUUUUUUCCCCAACAAGACAGAUGGGGCGGUGGAGAUCCCCGACCGGGAGCUGUAUGUGCGGUGGCUGGAGCUGUCAGCGUUCAUGCCCUCCAUGCAGUUCUCCAUCCCGCCCUGGCUCUACGACAAGGAGGUGGUGGAGAUUGCACAGAAGUUCACAGAGCUUCAUGAAUCACUGGUGGCCCCGCUGCUGCUGGAGCUGGCUGGGGAGGUCACCGACACAGGCGACCCCAUCAUCCGUCCCAUCUGGUGGAUCUCGCCCCGCGACGAGGCCACUCACAGGAUCGACUCCCAGUUCCUCAUAGGUGACACCCUCAUGGUGGCACCCGUCCUGGAGAUGGGCAAGCAGGAACGUGACGUCUACCUGCCAGCAGGCAAAUGGCGCAGCUACAAGGGGGAGUUGUUUGAGAAGACCCCGGUGCUGCUUACAGACUACCCCGUCGACCUGGAUGAAGUCGCCUAUUUCCUCUGGGUUUCCUAA